CUCUAUCUUACAACCUCCCAGUUGUCCUCUCCCUAACACUCCCUCCUUUCCCCAUGCGAUUUGCCACCACGUUCAAUCUCUUAUUGCGCACAUACACCACCCACCUUGUCCUCCGCUCCCCAUCUUCCUAUGGCGGAGCGGGUCCCAGCUCCCGGAAUCGGCAAGGAUGAGUACUCCGAACAGCAACCUAAUGAAAUGAUCCAACCAGCAGCCUCAUCAUCCACAUCUAGGGCAUUAGUACCACCAUCCCAAGAGUUAGUCCCCCACAACCAAUCUCAAUACACCACCUUCAGGGCCGGUACCUACGUUGUCCAGGUCCCCAAGGACCAAAUCUACCGCAUCCCUCCCCCCGAAAACGCCUCCAUCAUCGAACGCCACCGCGAUCCGUCCAAAAGGAAGAAACCCCUCUGCUGUAACUUCGUCUGUCUUGGGAUCCUCAGUUUCUUUCUCCUAUUCAUCAUUUUGCUCAUCGCCGGGCUUUACGUGUCCGUGAUCUUCUCCAAAGACCCAAAAUUCUCUGUCCAACGCCUCGUGUACAACAACAAAACUAAGUCGCAUCGACCGGACUAUACCAUAACGUUGAAGGCCCAAAACCCAAAUUCCCAAGUGGCCAUUUUGUACAAGAAAGGCGGUGAGGCCUCCCUUUAUCUUAACACGCAAGAAAUCGCCACCGCUAGUUACCCGUCUUUUGAACAAGAUAGUGGAAAAUCAAAAGAGUUUGCUGUAAUCUUUCAUGGCUCCAAGAUUAAGUUGCCUAAAGAGAUUCAGAAAAGUAGUACAAGUCCCAAACCAAAAGUCCACGUCAAGUUUUCUCUGGGCAUGGACAUCCCGGGGCGAAUGAGUAGGGGGGCCUUGAAGAGAAGCAUGACAUUUCGGGUCGAUUGCGAUUUUACGGUGGAUACGUUGGUGAAAGGAACUCGGGUUCUGAACCAGGAAUGUCAUACAAACAGGAAAUAGCAAUUACAAAAUAAUGUGAUAUUACGUAGGAACGAGUUUGGCAGCAUUCAUCAUGUAAAGUUCUAUUAUCUGGAGGAUGCAAGUCAUGAAUGAAAGAAUAAUGGAGUCUGGUGCAUGUAUAUUUUGGAUUUCGUAAGUGUAAAAUAACUAGAGCAGAAGUUCGAUAACAUUUCGUAAGGCAUGCAAAUUGAUGUAUUGAUGUUCUUUCUUUUUUUUUUUAUUCAUUUUCUGGUGUUAACUUUGUAGAGUUUCAAUUCUUGACUUCUUGUUGUACGACUUGUAUCCUUUCGGUGCUCGUUGUUUUUCAUUGAUUGUCUGGUGUUUUAGAAUUUAGAUCA